UGCCCUAACAAGAAGGAAAUAAAACAAGUUCAUACUAUUAUUAGCACCGUAAACGAUGAUUAUGACCGUUUAACAUCGUUAUUUAUGAAAUUUUCUCUUAUCCAAGAUGGAGCUAUAAGGCAAGUGACGCCAGAAAUGUUUCUUAUGUGUUUUCGAUACACGAUGACGGCGAGAAUUGCGCCAACAUGCAAUACGAUAGGAUAUAAUUAUCUUAUUAAUAAUAGAAAUUUUUUAUCGACUUCGGGGCCUCAGGAUGGUAUGAAAUACCAAGUUUCAUUAAACGACUCUUCCACAGUACUCGAACUAAAGCCAAUUAAAAUUAUUCUGAUCCAUUCUGAUGAAAACUAUCAGCCCGGCGACUGCGUUCGAGUAUUUCCAAGCUUAAACAAAGCCAUUGUAGAGGAAUACUGCGAAACAUUACCACAAUCUGGAAGUUUCAAGUGCUAUCAAGAUUUGCGAAGACAUUGGAAAAACAUACACGGGUACCGCAUACCGGAGGCAGAGUGUUCGUACUACAGGGUGAGGUUUUGGUGCGGGGAGCCAUUCACCUAUCCUAAGUUGUGUUUGACACAAAACUUUCCAAUCAUAACACCGAUGCCUAAAUCUGCUGAGGAGCCUGUACUUUCGAGAUUUAUAGCAACUCUCAAAACUAAGAUGCCAUAUUUCCUUGGCAUUCCGUUACUAAUAAAAUCCGAUAGUGAAAAUAGAAACAUCAGUGCUAAUGACGUUUCGAACGACACUUACACGCAAGCCGUAAGUCUUUGUACUCCAACUCAGCGAUCGACUCAACAAAAACGUUAAUUUCUUAUACAUGGC